UGAAGGGAGCGCAUCAAAAUGGCCAAGAAACUACACUACUUCGACGUUAACGGCAUUGGCGAGAGUAUCAGGUACAUCUUGCACUACGGAGGCCAGAAGUUUGAAGAUGUGAGGUACCAGAUCUCUGGGUGGCCUGACAAGAAGGUCAAAGAUGCGCUUCCGUUUGGACAGCUUCCCCUGUACGAGGAAGGUGACCGCUCCCUCCACCAAUCGCUGGCCAUCGCCCGCUACGUCGCCAGCCAAUCAAAACUGCUGCCCAACGACCUGUGGGAGCAGGCAGUCGUCGACUCUUACGUCAUGACCAUCUACGACUUCUGGUUCACAAAGGUGAUUCCCUUCGUCAAGGAGACUGACGCGGCCAAGAAGGCCACCCUCAAGAAGGAGAUCCUCGACGAGUCCAUCCACUUCUUCUUCUCCAGGUUCGACAAGGUCCUGAAGGAACACAACGGAUUCUUCAUUGGCAAGCUGACCUGGGCAGAAUUCAUCCUGGUCGGCAUCAUCGAGGCCGGCAACCUGUUCCUCGACUACGAGAUCGAGAAGAACUACCCGCACGUGAAGGCUGCGGUCCAGAAGGUUCUCUCCCUCCCAGGAGUCAAGGAGUACAUCGCCAAGAGGAAGGUCUACGCGCUAUAAGAUAAUCUCAUGUCAUGUGUGUGCUGAGAGUUUGGUUGUAAUUUAUUGUGUUUUGAAUAUUUGGUUUGCUGAUUAAAAUUUAGUGUUUUUUUU